CAGUAAUACCUACCUCUCUGGGAAUUUCUCAUUUUCAAAGCCAUUACGAUCCGCAACGUGUUCCUGUUGGGGCCUUGUUAGGUUGCUUGAGUGUUUAAGGGAAAUAUUUCUUUUAGCAGUCGGGCUGUUGGUGUUUUAAUAUGGGUUUCGUUAAAGUCGUGAAAAACAAACAAUACUAUAAAAGGUUUCAAGUUAAAUUCAAGAGGCGACAACUAGGUAAAACUGACUAUUAUGCCAGGAAAAGGUUAAUUGUUCAAGAUAAAAAUAAGUACAAUACACCAAAAUAUCGUUUAAUCGUCCGUUUUUCCAACAAAGACAUCACUUGUCAGGUUGCUUAUUCACGCAUUGAAGGUGACAAAAUAUUAUGUGCUGCAUACAGCCAUGAACUUCCUCAUUUUGGAAUUAAAGUAGGAUUAACUAACUAUGCUGCUGCCUACUGCACUGGUCUUCUUUUGGCAAGGAGGUUACUUCAGAAAUUGAAGUUGGAUGCACUAUAUGAAGGUACAACUGAAGUAACUGGUGAUGAAUACAAUGUAGAGAACUUGGAUGAAGGCCCAGGAGCUUUCCGUUGUUAUUUGGAUGUUGGUUUAAUGAAGACCAGUGCUGGAGCCCGAGUUUUUGGGGCAUUGAAAGGUGCUGUUGAUGGAGGUCUCAACAUCCCUCACAGCAUGAAAAGAUUUCCUGGUUAUGAUUCUGAAAGUAAGGAGUUCAAUGCUGAAGUUCACCGAAAACAUAUUUUUGGAAUUCACGUUGCUGAUUACAUGAGGCAGUUGGCCGAAUCUGAUGAAGAUGCUUACAAGAAACAGUUCAGCAUUUACAUCAAAAAUGGGAUUGUUCCUGAUGCUAUUGAAGACAUUUAUAAGAAGGCACAUGCAGCAAUCAGAGAAAAUCCUGCUCAUAGACCACAAGUAAGGACUAAGGAAGCCAUCAAGAAGAGAUGGAAUCGUGCUAAACUUACCCUUGCCGAAAGGAAGAAUUGUAUUGCCCAAAAGAAAGCAGCAUUUUUAAAAAAGAUGAAGGCCGGUGAUGUUGAUGCCUAAAUUUUAUUUGUUGCUUUUACUUUUGAUAAUAUAACAAUUCUUCAAACAGUUUUUAUUUUAUUUAUUCCCUCAAAAACUCCAACUUCAAAUAAAAUUUCAUUUAUUCAAAUGUCUAUAAAAUUCUUAUCUGAAGUAUGCAGCCUUUUUAUUUUUAAAUCAUUAGUUUUUUUAUGUAAGUAGCUAAAUUAGUUUAGGUUAAUUUAUCGUUUGUGCAUUAAAUUCUAGUUGGGAUGUUCG